AUGUGUAUUUCCUUUUGUGAACCGUCAACAAUUCGAAAAGCGAACGAUGGUAAGUGGUUAAUCAAUUAUCGUUUCCCAAAGGCAAUAUAUGAACUGGAAAAGCUAAAAUCAUAUUGUGGUAUGCAAGGGCGUAUUAUGGCGGUUAAGCCCCAAUUUCUGAAGGAGACCGAGACUAAAAGCGGCACAUCAUUGAUAAAAGUAUCUAUUGAAUUUAUUUGGUAA